UGAGGCGGGGAGAGGGCUAUCAGGCAACCCCACCGCACCACCGGAACCACCACCUCACAAACACCGUCACCAAACGCCGACUUAAUACCCUUAAAAGCGACCCGAUCCCCAGUCCGGGCAACGCAAACCCCCACAUUCCUCCGCUGCUGCUGCGUCGCGCGCGCGUGUGUGCAGUGCACCGCCCGUUCGCGGAGCCGAUUGAUUUUACAACACCGCGCUCGCUCGCGGUCGCGGGGGGGGCGGAAGCUGGUACUACUCGCUAUCAUGAACGGUGGCAUUGGCGACGCGCUGAUGCAGCCGCAGCACGUGCAGGUCAUGUCGUCGUCGUUGCCGAUGGUGGCGUCGACGUUCGUGGCGGAGCCGGCGGCGGCGGCCAACAAGCCGAGGGCCGCGGGGCUGCCGCCCACGCCGCCGCAGGUGUUCGCCGCCCAGCGCGCGGCGGCGGCGGCGGGCGGCGACGUGUGCAUGGAGGAGUCGGCGCAGGGGGGUGGUGGCGGGCUGCCGCCGCGCAAGGCGCACCGCCGCUCCAGCAGCGACGUGCCGUUCGGGUACCUGGCCGGGCAGCACCAGCUCCUGCCGCCCAAGGUGGAGGCCGGGUGGGGCCACCUCGGCGCCGGCGCCGGCGGCGCGGCGGCCGCCGAUGACCUGUUCAACGCGUACCUGAACCUGGAGGGGCUGGACGGGCUCAACUCCUCCGACGACCGCCACGACGAAGGGGACAGCCGCGGGAGCAGCAUCAAGACCAACGGCGCCGACAGCAGCGAGAACGAGUCGGAGGAGUGCGCCGACGACACCCGCGGCGGGAUCCGCCUCUGGUCCGCCGACGGCGGCGAGAGGAGGGAGGGCGUCAAGAGGAACGCCGCGGGGGAGCCGGCCACCGCGCCGCUGGCCCGUCACGCCAGGAGCCUCUCCAUGGACAGCCUCAUCGGGAAGUUCAACUUCACGGCGGGGACGGCGGCGGCUGCGGGGAACGGUGUCGCGUUGGGGCCGAACAGGUUCAGCCUGGAAUUCGGCAGCGGCGAGUUCACCCCCUCCGAGAUGAAGAAGAUCAUGGCCGACGAGAAGCUGGCCGAGAUGGCGCUCGCCGACCCAAAGCGCGUCAAGAGGGUGCUGGCGAACAGGCAGUCGGCGGCGAGGUCCAAGGAGAGGAAGAUGAGGUACAUUGCGGAGCUGGAGCAGAAGGUGCAGAUCCUGCAGUCGGAGGCGACCAAUCUGUCCGCGCAGCUCACGAUGAUGCAGCGCGACUCGGCGGGGCUCGCGACGCAGAACAACGAGCUCAAGUUCAGGCUGCAUGCCAUGGAGCAGCAGGCGCAGCUGCGCGACGCGCUGAAUGAGGCCCUGACAACCGAAGUCCAACGCCUAAAACUCGCCACCGCUGAGCUCGGCGAUUCUUGCUCGUCCAGCAGUCUAGCUCAGCAGAUCCAACUCAAUGCUCAGAAUCAGAUGUUUCAACUGCAGCAGCAGCAGGCUACGCAGAUACCAUUCUAUCAACUGCAGCAGUCACAACAGAACGGUGCAGCGAAGAACAAUGAAUCAAAAGAAUGAUUCCAGAGGCAUUUUGGGCUGGUUCAUGGAAAGAGAAUAUUGGUUUAGAUGAGCGCAAUUCGCAUAUUCCUAACUCAUUUGUUUUAAUGUUGUUAAUAAUCACCUUGCAUUUUUCUAGUAGGUGGUGGUUGGUGAACCUCCUUUUACCUUUCUAUGUUCAUUGAUUCUUUGGAUGAUACAGUUGUCAUUUUUAAGUUACCAAACUGAUGAAGUUGUAGGUGAUUGUUAUUCUUUUGUACUAAUAUCUAUGUCGAGUAUUUUGAGUA